AUGACUUCCAUGACCUCGCUGUCCGUCCGCGCCGGCUUCGCCGCGCUGCUCCUCGCCGCACCCGCCUCCGCCCAAUCGCUCCUCAACGGUUCGCUCGAAGGGCCCGUCGCCGUCGGUUCUGCCCCGCCGGACUGGUUCGAGUGGCAGAAGACGCCCGAUACCUGCGACGCGGCCGGGCCCUUCAACAACACCGGCACGCCCUGGGUGCUCUCGCCCGACGGCGGCACGUUCGUCCGGGGCGGCGGGAGCGACUUCGCGAACUCCGAGGCGAUCGGCCAGGUCGUCACCGGCUUCUCCACGGGCGACACCUACGCCGUGAACUUCUUUCAGACCAACCUCGGGUUCCAGCACCCCACAUCCGGCGACUGGCUCGGCGAGGACGGGUUCUGGGAGCUCGUGAUCGACGGCGCGGUCGUCGGCGCGUCCGACGUCCUCUCCCGCCCCGCGACGCCGAGCGACUCGAUCGUGUGGAGCGUCGACACGCUCAGCUUCACGGCCACGUCGGCCUCGCACGAGAUCGCGUUGGUCUCUCGCUCGACGUUCCCGGGCGGCCUGGCCGCGUACAUGGGGAUCGACGGGGUCCGCCUCUCGCUCGUGCCCACGCCCGGUUCGGCCGCGCUGAUGGCGCUGGGUGGGGUGGCGGCGAUCCGUCGCCGGCGGGCCUGA